CUGCAAUGGGUUGCUAUAACCUUAUUCGCACCAGAAUUCAUCCUCUUGCUUGCCUCCAGGCAAUUCAUCGAAGCAUUCUUGCUUAAACGGAAACUCAACCUCUUGCUGUCAGAGAAUGUCCGUAACAACAGCAGCACUCCCAAAUUUGGCGCCUGUUUUCAGAAGCCAUACGACCUGAAGGCCUGCUUCUUCGCGGUAAUGGGAGGCUUCGAAGCUCCAAUUGCCGAUAUAGAGCCAGGAACUGGAGUUGUACGAGACAAUGAUUAUGAUUGGCCACAGAAUUUGACGCUAUCAGCAAGAGGCAUCCUUGAACUGGCAAAACUUGGUUACUUCAUCGAAGUUGAUAUAGCUAGUCUGGAAGAUCGAAGUAAAGCCACCCUGUUACAGAAGUUCCUAGUGUCAACCCAAGUAAUAUGGAUGGCGAUACAGUGCAUUGUAAAGAAGAGACUUAGGUUGCCGAUAGCGUUGCUCGGAAUUCAUGUUAUGGUACACGUGAUUUUCGCUCUGUUACUCUAUGGAUUCUGGUUUUACAAGCCCUUAGGUAUCGAGUGGACGCAAUCUAUCACAGUGGAAAGCGAGAAGGUCAAGAAUGCCCUUUCUUUCAUGAUUCAGUGCCAGUUCUGCCACUUGCAAAACGAGACUGCAAUUUGUAUCCUGACCGACGAGAUGACCGGGCCAUAG